GGGCGGGCUGGGGCUCGGCCGCGCAGUGCCAGCGCCAGCACCAGACCCGCGCCCCGCGCAGUCCCGACCGCCGCCUGCGUUCUGGCUCGCGAGCCCCAGCUCCCGCCCGCCCGUGCGCUGCCCGAGUAUGGAGCUGCUGUGCUGCGAGGGCACCCGGCACGCGCCCCGGGCCGGGCCGGACCCGCGACUGCUGGGGGACCAGCGUGUCCUGCAGAGCUUGCUCCGCCUGGAGGAGCGCUACGUGCCCCGCGCCUCCUACUUCCAGUGUGUGCAGAGGGAGAUCAAGCCGCACAUGCGGAAGAUGCUGGCGUACUGGAUGCUGGAGGUUUGUGAGGAGCAGCGCUGUGAGGAGGAAGUCUUCCCCCUGGCCAUGAACUACCUGGAUCGCUACCUGUCCUGCGUCCCCACCCGAAAGGCGCAGUUGCAGCUCCUGGGUGCGGUCUGCAUGCUGCUGGCCUCCAAGCUGCGCGAGACUACGCCCCUGACCAUCGAAAAACUGUGCAUCUACACCGACCACUCUGUCUCUCCCCGCCAGCUGCGGGACUGGGAGGUGCUGGUCCUGGGGAAGCUCAAGUGGGACCUAGCUGCUGUGAUUGCCCAUGAUUUCCUGGCCCUCAUUCUGCACCGGCUCGCUCUGCCCCGUGACCGGCAGGCCUUGGUCAAAAAACAUGCCCAGACCUUUUUGGCCCUUUGUGCUACAGAUUACACCUUUGCCAUGUACCCACCGUCCAUGAUCGCCACGGGCAGCAUUGGGGCUGCAGUGCAAGGCCUGGGCGCGUGCUCCACGACUGGGGACGAGCUCACGGAGCUGCUGGCAGGGAUCACAGGCACAGAGGUGGACUGCCUGCGGGCCUGUCAGGAGCAGAUUGAAGCUGCGCUCAGGGAGAGCCUCAGAGAAGCCGCCCAGACCUCGCCCAGCCCGGCGCCCAAAGCCCCCAGGGGCUCCAGUAGCCAGGGGCCCAGCCAGACCAGCACUCCCACAGAUGUCACAGCCAUUCACCUGUAGCCCCGGAGAGGCCCCCUCCAGUGGCCACUGGCAGCAGAGGAGGGGACACCGCCACCCCCCCUCCCUGCCUGCAGGAACGAGCCACGCCACGCCACAUCGGAAGCCUGAGGGGGCCCCCUCCUGUUCGCCCCUCGCCAAGAUGAAGGGGGCAGGCCCUACCUAUCCCUGCAGUGUGCACUAAGGGGCCUGGCCAGCCGUGCUUGGGUGGCCCGCCAGGCUCCUCCUUUUCCCUGCAUCUGACCGGCUCCGCUCUUUCCCUGAUCCUAGCUGGCGGUGGGCCAGGCUGGUCGGAAAUGAAAUUGAAGUAGGUAAAAUACAUGCACCAGCAUUCCUUUUUGAGGCCCCCUUAUUUCUGGGGCUCUCGUGUUCUCAAAUGCCAAAAUGCCCCCAGUGCCUUGUAAAGGUGUUGCACCUUCCAGAGUUCAUGUAUUUGGAUUGGGGUCUUUCUGAAGAGAUUUCAGAGAUGCUGAUAGACAUGUGUGAGGGGAAACAGUCUGGACAGCUCCUCCUGACACGCUUUGGAGGCCCCAAUAUAAUCCGUGCGCGCAGCUGCUCCUAGAGGGAGGGACCAGGCCUCUGUCCGAGGGGCGGGCAAGAACCAACCAAUCCCUCCUUGCUUUGCUUUCCGCUCAGCUUCUCCUGUGUGAUUGAGGGGGGUUAGUGCUGAAGGAAGAAGUUGUUUUAAUUUAUUAAUUGCUUUGAGGACAACUGAAAGAGGGUGUGGUGGGGCCCAUCGACCCCACACGCGGUGGUAACCCUGGUGGUUGCUGCAUCCCUCCCCUCUGCUACUGGCUGGAGGAUCUUUGUGGCCAAGGAGCUGCUACAGCCUGGGGUAGGGCCAUGCCCUCCUCUCCCUCUGGCCCUCUGCCCCAUUCUCUGGGGGUGGGGGAUGGAGUAGGGAUAAACUGGAGGUGACUGAGCCCCUGUCUGGAGAGGGAGGUGAGCCCUGUUGACACAGGUCUUUCCUACGGCCACAAGGUCCAGGCUGGUGGCCCGGGACCAUCAUGCUACCUUAAUAAAGAUUCUGGAGUAA